GCGCGACGUCCUCCUCUCGGCGCAUUCGUGCGCCCGCGCCGACUCAGAAGCACGCGGCACGAGUUACAGAGUAAAUCAUAUUCGAAAAUGGAAUCGGCGCGAAUCCACCAACGCUGAUAAUGCCGAAAGUGCGAAACCGAUACUCAUUGAACUGACUGUUUUUUUUUUUUAAUAAUCAGUUUUUUUUUAGUUCAUCGAACUAUUUUUUUUUUUUUUAAUUUUUGUGGUUUUAAGUAUAGUGUUUUCAGUUUUAAGUUGUUCAGUUAGUCGUCGCUCCUGUAAGUUGACUGUUUGCGAGGAAAGUGACUGGAUUGUGACAUUUUAUGAUUAAGCUGCAUUGUAAGGCGCGUACGCGCUUACCUAGUGAAAUUAAUUGACUCGAAUUUUUGUCUAAUUAAUUUAGUACUUUGUGAAGUGUAUGUGGGAUUUUUGUCGGGACGCACAUUCCCUGAUUUUCACACCAAAGAAUUCAAGAUGAACCAAAAGUGCAAAGUAUGCGGGGAGCCGGCAGCCGGUUUCCACUUCGGUGCAUUCACUUGCGAAGGAUGCAAGUCGUUCUUCGGGAGGUCGUACAACAACCUCAACUCGAUCACCGAGUGCAAAAACAACGGGGAAUGCGUCAUCAAUAAGAAAAAUAGGACCGCGUGUAAAGCAUGCCGGCUGCGCAAGUGCCUCAUGGUGGGCAUGUCCAAGUCAGGCUCGAGGUACGGCCGCCGCUCCAACUGGUUCAAGAUCCACUGCCUGCUGCAGGAACAGCAGCAAGCGGCGCAGUCCCGCUCGCCGCCGAGGGUACCCCAGUCACCGCAUCCAUUAGCACCGCCCUUUCCACCGCACCUCUUCCCGAGUCUUGCGAGGCCGCGGACGAAAGAAGAACUAGCGUUACUAGGCCUAGACGACUUCAAACCGCCGUGCUCCGGGUCACCCGAUUCGCACCACAGCGGCUCGUCCCCGAAACUAGAUGAGAAGACAAAGAUCACGCAAUCGCGGCCGCCGGAACGACCGCUGACGCCGCCCAGGGACGCGUUCGUGCCGCUGCCACUCGCCAACAUCGGUUCCUUGCCUCACUUCCCACAUUCGCCGUUCCUGCCACCGCCCCCCUUCAGCCCGUUCGCUCCCAAUCAUCCCCUGUUAUUCCCGCCCGGAUUUCACCCGCUGUACUCGCGGCAUCUGCUCGACCACCCAGCUCUUCGGCACGCAGCCGAAAACAACAAUGAUUUGCGAAUCGACGACCACAACGCAGACUCGUCGAAGCGUUUCUUCUUAAACGAAAUAUUGAAGCAGCAGCGGUCUUCGCAGCCUCCUACGCCUCAGGAAGACGUGAUCUCCGAAGCCGAAUUCGUGCCCACGCCUCCCGCCGAGAGAAGAACGUCAGAGUCGCCCUUGCAAGAGAACCCUAUGGACUUAUCCGUCAAAUCUGACGGCAGAUCCAGCUCUGCCCGGCGGAGAUCGGACGAUAGUGAAGUGAUAGCACCCGACCACGAUGACGGGGAGUCGGGCAGUGCGGGCGGCUCGGCCAGCGAGGAUGAGGAUAUGUCGUACUCACAGAUCAAGAGGAUCAAGCUGCAUCCACUGGACCUCACGACCAAAGUCUGACGUCACGGACGCUAGUGCUCGCGUUAUAAACAAUUUAUCAAAGUUAAAUCGUCAGUGAAUCUUUUUAAGGCCAGUAAAUCGGAUUGUGAUUUUAAAAUAAGUAGGACGAUCGAAAAGACUAUCUCGAAAAUUGUUUAGUGAAUUGUUAUCGCUUGAAAGAGUCUAUCCAAAUACGUAACUUUACUUAAGUUUAGUUGAAAUGUUAAUGGUACUUAAAGCCCGGUUUAAGAUUAUGUACAAAUCGAAUGUAAAUAAUAAAUUAUUUUGUAUAGUUUAAGAGCUAGGUUAAAUAUUAGUUGGUGAUUUUUUUUGUUCAACGAUAAAACCUGCCGGGUUUUUGCAACAUUCCGCUAAGAUGUAAACAAAUAAAUAAAUGCCCGUACGUUUUGUAUUAAUUCAAUAUAAUUUAUUUCACUUAGUAGAAUUUUGAGUAGUAGUGUGUUAUUUGAGAAUUCAAAUUGUUUUAUAUUCGGGUGCAUUGUGAAUUUAGCUUUUUUUAUUUUUAACGCCUUCUUAAGUUGUUUUUUUGUUUCGUGUUUAUGAAAAAAAAAUGAUGGUUGUCUAUGUGUAAUGAUAAUGAGAUAAUAUACUCUACUAUACAAGCAUUCCUAUGAAAUUGCUCAAUAUUUCAAAUGUUUGAUACGCUACAAUGUACUCAAGUAGUGAAAUUAGUCACGACUCGUAACAUACUCAUGUAAUAAAUACUGCGUGGUUGUCCGUCUGUAUAUAAAUGUAAACUUAGCUAGCGCGAAUCAACGCAGGUGAUGAUGUGUUUGUAAUCAAUGC